AUGAGUCACUUGCCAUAUCUGUUCACAAGAGAUAAGUUGCAGGAGUUUUUGUCCCUCCGGCGGGCGGCUCAGCAGCAGGCCGAGUGGCUAGGUGAAACGAGGCAGCGGUGUGACAGUGGCCACACCAAUGGGGAUAGUAUUCCUACGACUCCGCCCUGGAUUCGUGCGCUGCGCCACUUUGUUGAACUGGAGAAUACGAUCAAUCUCAAGAUCGAGCGUCUGCACGAGCAGCAGCGGGCGUUCCUGCAGCCGAAGUUCCUCUCCGAUGAGGAGGAGGCUGCGCAACAGCAGCAAAUUGAGCACAACGCACAGGAUAUCCAGAAGCUGCUGCGGGAACUGGAGCGCAUGGUGAUGUCUGGCAUGCGGCCUCAGGACCCCACUAACGAGGACGAGCAGCGGGCGUCGGUAAACGCCAAGAAGCACCUCUCCUCGCGGCUGUCGCAGAUUAUCCAGGUCUUCCGAGACGGGCAGGAGCUGUAUGCAUCACAGCUGAGGCGCUGCGAAGAGAAGGCGAGGCGGUACAAGCAGAUCGGUUCCCACGAGGCGCAUGCGCGGAUGGAGGAGGAGGAGAAGGUCGCGCAGUACCUCGAGCUGGGAUACACACAGGUGGAUAUUCAGGCCCUGCUCGUGGAAGAAGCGAAGCAGCAGGAAGUGAGUCGUGAGAUACAGGAAAUACUAACUAGUGUGACGGAGUUGCAUGAGAUGUUCAAGGACCUCGGCGCGAUGGUAGUGGAGCAGGGAAGCGUGCUGGACCGCGUCGACUACAACGUGCAGCAGACGCAAGUGGAUGUGGCGAAGGGGCUGGCGGAGUUGAAAAAGGCGCGAGAGAAGCAGGAGAGUUGUCGGGUAAUGUGA